ACUCUGGACACGCAGUCAAGGGAACCUCCUGCCAUAUAAAUAGGGCUGGUCGCUCUUUAUUAUUCUAGCAUCACGGCAGCAGGUUCCUGCUAAGUUUGGAGUUUAUACCACAACUGUAUGCCUGCUUGAAGUAGUUAAACCAGGGCACUGCGGCACAAGGAGUCUGCAUGUCGGUUUAGACAUGCUCAGCUUUGUGGAUACCCGGAUUCUGUUGCUGCUUGCAGUGACUUCGUACCUAGCAUCAUGUCAAUCGGGCCUCAAGGGACCAAAAGGACCCAGAGGUGAGAGGGGUCCUAAGGGACCUGAUGGAAAACCCGGCCGACCUGGACUUCCUGGCCCUGCUGGCCCUCCUGGCCCCCCUGGUCUUGGUGGAAACUUCGCUGCUCAGUAUGAUGGCGCUAAAGGACCUGACCCCGGCCCUGGACCUAUGGGUUUGAUGGGACCCAGAGGACCUUCUGGAUCUCCUGGUGCUCCUGGAGCUCAAGGACUGCAAGGACAUGCUGGUGAGCCUGGAGAGCCCGGACAGGCUGGAGCUAUUGGUGCUCGUGGCCCUCCUGGACCCCCUGGCAAAAAUGGUGAAGAUGGCAACAAUGGCAGACCUGGAAAGCCUGGAGACAGAGGAGUCCUUGGAGCUCAGGGUGCCCGUGGUUUCCCAGGAACUCCUGGACUUCCUGGCAUGAAGGGACACAGAGGUUACAAUGGUAUUGAUGGACGCAAAGGAGAGCCUGGCGCAGCUGGUGCCAAGGGUGAAAAUGGUGCCGCUGGAUCAAAUGGAACCCCCGGACAGAGAGGUGGUCGUGGUCUUCCUGGUGAGAGAGGUCGUGUUGGCCCUGCUGGCCCAGCUGGUGCUCGCGGUGCUGAUGGUAACACUGGUCCUGCUGGCCCUGCUGGACCUUUGGGCUCAGCUGGUCCUCCUGGUUUCCCUGGUGCACCUGGACCCAAGGGAGAACUUGGACCCGCUGGUCCCACUGGACCAUCUGGAGCUCAGGGACAAAGAGGAGAGCCAGGCCCGAACGGUGCCGUUGGCCCCGUUGGACCCCCUGGUAACCCUGGUGCUAAUGGUAUCAAUGGUGCUAAAGGAGCAGCUGGUCUUCCUGGAAUUGCUGGUGCCCCUGGUUUCCCUGGCCCUAGAGGAGGCCCUGGCCCACAGGGACCUAGUGGAGCUUCUGGUCCAAGAGGUCUUGGUGGUGACCCCGGACCUGUUGGAGUGAAGGGAGAUUCUGGUGUGAAGGGAGAGCCUGGUAGUGCUGGUCCUCAGGGGCCUCCUGGUCCUUCUGGUGAGGAGGGCAAGAGAGGGUCAACUGGAGAGCAGGGACCUACUGGACCUUUGGGACUGCGUGGACCUAGAGGAGCCGCUGGUACUCGUGGUCUGCCUGGUCUGGCUGGCAGGUCAGGCCCAAUGGGCAUGCCUGGUCCUCGUGGUGGUGUUGGUGCACCUGGAGCCCGUGGACCUCCUGGAGAUGCUGGUCGUGCUGGUGAGGCUGGUCUUGUUGGAGCCAGAGGUCUCCCUGGUAGCCCUGGCAGUUCUGGACCCCCUGGAAAGGAAGGACCUUCUGGCGAGGCUGGCAAGCCUGGUGAGAAGGGACCUGUUGGCCCUACUGGACUGAGAGGCAGCCCUGGUCCUGAUGGUAACAAUGGUCCUGCUGGUCCUGUUGGACUUGCUGGUGCCCCUGGUGAGAAAGGAGAGCAGGGACCCUCUGGUGCUCCUGGUUUCCAGGGUCUUCCUGGCCCCGCUGGACCUGUUGGUGAGGCUGGCAAGCCUGGUGAUAGAGGUAUCCCUGGAGAUCAAGGUGUAUCAGGACCUGCUGGUGUGAAGGGAGAGCGUGGUAACCCUGGACCUGCUGGUGCUGCUGGCGCUCAGGGACCCAUUGGUGCUCGUGGACCUUCUGGUACUCCUGGCCCUGAUGGAAACAAGGGAGAGCCUGGUGCAGUUGGACCUGCUGGUGCCCCUGGACCACAGGGAGCUGCUGGUAUGCCUGGUGAGCGUGGUGCUGCUGGCACCCCUGGAGCUAAGGGAGAGAAGGGUGAGGCUGGAUACAGAGGACUGGAGGGCAAUGCUGGAAAAGAUGGUGCCCGUGGUGCUCCUGGACCCAGUGGACCCCCUGGACCUGCUGGUGCUAAUGGUGACAAGGGUGAGACUGGCUCCUUUGGUCCUCCUGGACCUGCUGGUCCUCGUGGUGCCCCUGGUGAGCGUGGUGAGUCUGGCCCUGCUGGACCUUCCGGUUUUGCUGGACCCCCUGGUGCUGAUGGCCAGACUGGACCAAGAGGUGAGAAAGGACCUGCUGGUGGAAAGGGUGACGCUGGACCCGCUGGCCCUGCCGGUCCCGCUGGAAAUACUGGACCCCUUGGUCCUUCUGGUCCUGUUGGCCCACCUGGUGCCCGUGGUGACAGUGGUCCCACUGGUCUGACUGGCUUCCCUGGUGCUCCUGGUAGAGUUGGACCUCCUGGUCCUGCUGGUAUUGUUGGACCUGCUGGUCUCACUGGUCCCGCUGGAAAGGAUGGCCCACGUGGUCCUCGUGGUGAUGUUGGCCCUGCUGGUCCCCCAGGAGAGAAUGGAAUGAUUGGACCUCUUGGUCUGGCUGGUGAGAAGGGACCCCCUGGAGAGGCUGGUGCACCUGGAGCACCUGGACCUGCUGGGCCUCAGGGUCAGCUGGGAUCACAGGGAUUCAAUGGUCUUCCUGGCUCCAGAGGUGACCGUGGUCUUCCUGGUAUCCCCGGAUCAGUUGGUGAACCUGGAAGAGUUGGCCCUGCUGGUGCCCCUGGUGCCCGUGGACCCGGUGGCAACAUUGGCAUGCCUGGUAUGACUGGUCCUCAGGGUGAGGCUGGACGUGAGGGAAGCCCUGGCAAUGAUGGACCUCCUGGCCGUCCUGGUGCUGCUGGAAUUAAGGGUGACCGUGGUGAGCCUGGUUCCCCUGGAACUGCUGGACCUGUUGGUGCUCCUGGACCCAAUGGACCAUCAGGCGCUGUUGGCAGACCUGGAAACCGUGGUGAAUCUGGUCCUUCUGGUCCUACUGGCGCUGUUGGACCUGCUGGAGCAAGAGGUGCACCUGGCCCUGCUGGACCUCGUGGUGAGAAGGGUGUUGCUGGAGAAAAAGGAGACAGGGGUAUGAAGGGACUUCGUGGACAUCCUGGUCUGCAGGGAAUGCCCGGACCUAACGGUCCUUCUGGUGACAGUGGGCCUGCUGGCAUUGCUGGACCUUCCGGUCCAAGAGGCCCAGCUGGUCCCAAUGGCCCCGCUGGUAAAGAUGGUUCAAAUGGCAUGCCUGGUGCAAUUGGACCCCCAGGACACCGUGGUCCCGCUGGACAUGUUGGACCUGCUGGUCCUCCUGGAUCUCCUGGUCUUCCCGGACCCCCUGGCCCAUCUGGAGGUGGAUAUGACACAUCUGGAGGCUAUGAUGAGUACAGAGCUGACCAGGCCUCUCUUAGAGCCAAGGAUUACGAGGUGGAUGCCACCAUCAAGUCCUUGAACACUCAGAUUGAGAAUCUGCUUUCCCCUGAGGGCUCAAAGAAGAACCCCGCUCGUACUUGCCGUGACAUCAGGCUCAGCCACCCAGAAUGGAGCAGCGGUUUCUACUGGAUCGACCCCAACCAGGGCUGCACAAUGGAUGCCAUCAAGGCCUUCUGCGACUUCUCUACUGGCCAGACCUGCAUCCACCCCCACCCAGAGAGCAUCCCACGCAAGAACUGGUACAGAAGCUCCCAGGAGAAGAAACACACCUGGUUUGGCGAGACUAUCAACAGUGGUACUGAGUUUGCUUACAAUGACGAGACCCUGAGCCCACAAUCCAUGGCUACUCAGCUGGCCUUCAUGCGUCUACUGGCCAACCAGGCAGUCCAGAACAUCACCUACCACUGCAAGAACAGCAUCGCCUACAUGGAUGCUGAGAAUGGAAACCUGAAGAAGGCUGUGUUGCUGCAGGGUUCCAAUGAUGUUGAGCUCAGGGCGGAGGGCAACAGCCGCUUCACUUUCAGCGUCCUAGAGGAUGGCUGCAGUAGACACACUGGCCAGUGGAGCAAGACAGUCAUUGAAUACAGAACAAAUAAACCAUCUCGCCUUCCCAUCCUCGACAUUGCACCUUUGGACAUUGGUGGCGCAGAUCAAGAGUUUGGUUUGGACAUUGGCCCAGUCUGUUUCAAAUAAAUAGACUCAUGAUAAAUUAAACGAGAGAAAGAAAGAAAAAAGAAAAAUCUCUGCCCUUCUUUCUGUGUUUUUUUAUACUGAAUGCUGAUUUUUUUCCGCAAAUCCACUUGCUUAAGCUGGGCUCUAUCGGAGUGGACCAAUGGACUGAACGGAGCAUUGCGCAAUGCAAAUUAAUACAGCAGCCCAAAGAGACGCGGGAGGGAUAACACCAUGUUAUGGGACAUGUCAUCAUUUUGUAAAAAUUAAAGAAGUGUAAUAAAAAGAAUGAAAGUAUACAUCACUUUGUGGUCUUUGUAUAUCUUCCAAAGAGGAAGUUUAAAACCACAAUUUCCGUAAGGUUUAAACUACCUCAUGUGUAAAGGAAAAUAAUAAUCAACAUCCUAGUCGUCGCUAGAUGGUACUAAGGCUUCAAGUUCUGUCCUGUUUCAAAGGUGCUCCAAUACUUGAAGCAGUGAUAUUAUAUGGUGCUAAACAUGCAGCUGUGGAGAAAACCACUGUUACUGUAUUACUUUGUAUUGUCUCUAAGGAAUAUUGCACAGGUCCCCCUGAUAAUCCCAUUUUUAAGCAGGUGGAAUAUUCCUAAACCUGAUGUAUGUCUGGUUUUGACUUUGGUUUUUUUUUUUUUUGGUUUUGUUUGUUUUUUGUUUUGUUUUCUGAGAGUUUUGUUCAGAUUUUUGUUUAGGCAUUACAUUCUUUUACGCCCCCCAGUGUUAAUACUGACAGCACACUUGGUCCAUUUUAAAGGGUUGCAGAGACCUCUCUCUCAAAACAAACCACAAAGUUUAUUGUACCUAUUUUGUAUAUGUGAGAUGUUUAAAUAAAUUGUGAAAAGUUCUGAAAAUAAAGCAUGUCCAUUGUUCCGAAACAAAUUAUUUCAUGAGUUAAGUGCUUUAAUGUUGGGAACAAAAUGUCUGACUUAAUUAGACAUUUUGAACAUCUGCCUAAAUUCAAUGACUUCAAUGUGUUUAUUGUCAAAACAUGAAAUGGGUUUUCUUUUUUAUUCAAUGAAUGGGUGUUUGUCUUAGCAAUUUUCGUUUUGGGUCUAAUGCCAUUAAGAGCUUCAUUUCCUCUGUUUUCAGUUAUGACAUGCUUUUCAGAUGGCAAAAUCUUUCUCACUUUUGAUUCAAAUAAAAAGCCAGUCAC